AUGGCUGUCUGGCAAAUGCAGAUGAAGCAGAACUGGCAGGGCAAAGGCGGCAAGGGUGGCAUGAUGGGCGGCAUGGGCAUGACCACCCACAACCCUGCCAAGUACAAGACGCAGCUCUGCAUGCACUGGAUGCAGGGCACGUGCACCAGGGCGGCCUCCUGCACAUUUGCUCAUGGGGAGCACGAGAUGCAGGGAGGUUUCAGCCAGAAAGGGCAGGGCAAGACCAGCUACAAUGGGAACAGCUACAACAGCGGGACUUCCUAUGGCCACGCUCCCAAAGGCCUUUCCAAGAGCGCCCCGAAGGGCAUCAUGGCCUCCGCGAAGGGGACCAUGCGAGCCACGGGCCCCGUUCCCGUGGGCAAAACGGGCGGCAAGGGAAAGGUGAACCCCAUGUCGAUGAUGAAGGGCUUCAUGAAGGGCAAGGGCAAGGGCAAGGGCACCAAGGGUGCUGGACACAAGUUGCCGCGGACACGAAUCUCGGAGAUCCCGGUGCUGGGAGAAGUGGUGGAGUGGAAAGGCAAGUACGGUUGGAUCCAGCCGUCGGAGGUCAUAGAACACGAGAAGGCGCACCUCCGGAACGGCAAGAUCUUCGUGAGUCUCGAGGACCUCGUAGGCAUCGAGGAACUGAGCCCGGGCCGGGUAGUCCAGUUCCAGCUCUUUUCAGAUGCGUCUGGCCUGGGUGCAGAGGAGUGCAUGCAAGCCUAG